UCCAGUUCAUGUUACCCAUAACAAAAUGCUUUUUAAAUGCCACAAAAACACCCAAAACAAACAAAAAUUAAAAUAAAAUUAUGAAUAAUAGUGCCUUUAAGACAAUAGCAACUAAAAGCAAACCAACAAACUGGAACCAAAACCUUAAAGAGAACCAGAAAUCAAACCAGAUCCCUAGCUGGGUCCAAAGACCAGUUCAAUUAAACUAGUUCCGAUUUGAACAGUGCAACUCUAGUUUUUUUUUAAUACAUAUAUGUUUUAAAAACAUAUGCGGAAUCGGGCAGAUAAAAAGGCAUUAACCGAUUGCAAAGGAUCAAGGAUAAAGCGACUUUGACUGCGACGCUGACUGCGACGUCGACUGCGACAGAGCGACAAUGGUGUGCUGUGCGAGUGCGUUUGCGAUUGCGAGUGUGUGUGUUUUGUAUCGUGUUGUCUGAUUGUGUGUUGUUGCCGUCGCUGUUGUUGUUGUUCUUAUUGUUGUGCGUGUGGUUGACGGACGGACAGUGGAACAGAACGACAGUGGACAGUGGGGCUACCAGGAUAAACCAGGAUAAUUGCAACAUUCUCACCACCAAAGAAACAAUAGCAAGAAAGCAGAAAAAAAACAAAAACAAAGACGUAAAGGACCUUCCAUGUCGCCAAGUGUGGGCCUUUGAUGACGCCCAAGGACUCCCGAGGACUCCCCUUCAGCCAGGACUACCAUGCUCCCCAUUAGCGAGGAGCAGCAGCUGCACAAGCAGCAGUUAGAUCAACUGCAUCACCAGCAGAUCCCAGAGGAUCUGGAGCAAGUAGAGCCCCACGUGGGCGAUGGCAGCCUGUGGACUGCUCUUUACGACUACGAGGCCCAGGGCGAGGAUGAGCUGACCCUGCGGCGCGGCGAGAUAGUGGUGGUCCUGUCCACAGACAGCGAAGUGUCCGGCGAUUUGGGCUGGUGGACUGGAAAGAUCGGAGAUAAGGUUGGCGUCUUCCCCAAAGACUAUGUCACCGACGAAGAUCCACUCCAACUCAAUGUCUCCUCUGCGAUUGGAGACAUCCAACCGCAUGAAAUCGAGUACGAUGAAAUGGACAUCAAGGAGGUCAUCGGCUCGGGAGGCUUCUGCAAGGUCCAUCGUGGCUUCUACGAUGGCGAAGAGGUGGCCAUCAAGAUUGCCCAUCAAACGGGCGAGGAUGAUAUGCAACGGAUGCGGGAUAAUGUCCUGCAGGAGGCCAAACUCUUUUGGGCCCUCAAGCACGAGAAUAUAGCCGCCUUGCGAGGAGUAUGCCUCAAUACCAAGCUCUGUUUGGUGAUGGAGUACGCGAGAGGUGGCAGCCUUAAUCGCAUACUGGCUGGCAAGAUACCACCCGAUGUCCUGGUCAACUGGGCCAUUCAGAUUGCCCGUGGCAUGAACUAUCUGCACAAUGAGGCGCCCAUGUCGAUCAUUCACCGCGACCUCAAGUCCUCCAACGUGUUGAUUUACGAGGCCAUCGAGGGUAAUCAUCUGCAGCAGAAGACGCUUAAGAUAACCGAUUUCGGGCUCGCCAGGGAGAUGUACAACACGCAACGGAUGAGCGCGGCGGGCACCUACGCCUGGAUGCCACCAGAGGUUAUCAGCGUUAGCACAUAUUCCAAAUCUUCCGAUGUUUGGAGCUAUGGUGUAUUGCUUUGGGAACUGAUCACUGGCGAGACGCCCUACAAGGGCUUUGAUCCUUUGUCCGUGGCGUAUGGCGUGGCUGUCAAUACGCUGACCUUGCCGAUACCAAAAACCUGCCCAGAAACCUGGGGAGCCCUGAUGAAAAGCUGCUGGCAAACGGAUCCGCACAAACGACCUGGCUUCAAGGAGAUACUCAGGCAACUGGAAAGCAUCGCCUGCUCCAAAUUCACGCUGACUCCUCAGGAGUCCUUUCACUAUAUGCAGGAGUGCUGGAAGAAGGAGAUCGCCGAGGUGCUCCACGACUUGCGCGAAAAAGAAAAGCGUUUCCAAACCAUCGAAGAGGAAUUGCGCAACAAGGAGGAGCAGCUGCUUAGGGUGCAGAACGAGCAGCGCGAGAAGGCGAACCUCUUAAAAAUCCAGGAGCAAAUUCUACGCGAGCGCGAAAUGGUGCUGAUUGAACGGGAGUUGGUCAUGAUGCAGCCGCCGAAACGCAAGCCCAAAAAGGGAAAAAAGAACAAACCACUGCAGAUUGGGCUGCCCACGGGCUUCAGGCACACCAUUACGGCCGUACGCGACAAGGCUGAGCAACCGGGAUCACCUUCCUUCUCCGGAUUGCGCAUAGUGGCACGCUACCAGGGCAACAGCAAGAUGGACGACUGGCGCCCGGGGGCCACCAACAUGCCGAUCAUGUCGCCAUCGCCGUACCUCCUCAGCCGCUUCACCAGCAACGUUCCACUGCCGACGCUCUACGCCGGGGACUCCGCCCGGAAGCCGAAGCUCUCGGUGAUCGAGCUGCUGCUCUACAACAUGGCCUCCAUGCUGGCCGGAGUGGCGGCCGGAUACGAUGUGCGGAUGUCGAACGUGUCGCCAGUGCAUCCCACGCUGCUGAGUGAGGUGCCCGCCCUGAAAGCGGCGCCCAAGGCAGUGGCUCCAGUUGCGGAGGAGGUGGAGCCGCCUCAGGCGCAGAUCCUUGAACUGGAGGCGGAUGCGCCACUCAAACAGCAGGAGGGCGAUCAGCAGGAUCUCCGGGAAGGCACGCCCCGGAAGAUGGCCAGUCAGGCGAGAUUUGGUGGCAUUGAAGCUCCGGCCUGCAAAUCCCAGCCCACUUCUCUGGCCCGGCGAAUCGGAGGCAGUCAGCCGUAUUACACGCCCGUGCAGCGGACUCCGCAGCACCAGAUGCACCACCAGCAGCACCACCAGCACCAAUCCCAGCCCGUGCCAUCCGCCUUGGUGACCACAGUAGCCGCCGCAGCAGCCCAACCGGCGGCCGGAGUAAGCGGCAUCUACGCCGGAACACAGCCGCCGACGCCAUCGCCACGUCGCAAACUGAGCAACAGCAGCUUCGGCAACGCCAAUCCCCAAGCGGAUGCCUUCGAGGAGUUCCGUGUGGGCGGCGGCAUCGGUCCACCGCCACUCUAUGCGCCGGCGGAUUACCUGAGGAACGGACCGAGCUACUCCAACGAUGGGGGAAACUACCGGAAUGGGUACUUCGGUUCCAAUUACUUUCCCUACCGCCCGGAGUUGAACUACAGCUACGAGCGGGACUGCAAGUCGUAUCCGGACUACUCCUACGACUACAACCAUCGGCUGCCGGAUUACUACGACUACCAGUAUGAGGCGCCAGUGGUGCCCGUGCCCGUUCCCGUUCCUGUUCCCGUUCCCGUGACCGUUCCCUGUGGGGUCAACCAGACCCGGACACCACCACCUCGGGUUCCCCAAAUGGGCGUAAGUGCGGCCGGACACCGACGCACUCCCUCGACCGUGUCAAACAACUCAAAUGUUCUGCUGGAGCACGAAGAGCUGCUCUGCUAUGAUUACAACAAUCUCAAUUUGAAUGCGGACUACGAGAGGGAACGGGAACGGGAUCGGGAGCAAGUGCCUCCGCCCACGAAGCAGGAACUGUACGCGGGAUCGCCCAAGCUGCUGAACCGCCUGAUCCACAGUCCCUUGCCGAUGACCAAGAGCAAGUAUGCCACGGCGGCGGUGACGCGACCCGCCAGUCUGCCCUUUGAGCAGCAUGCUCUUUCGCUGAACUACCAGCAGCCGACCGUGGCAACGGUGGUGGCUUCUCUACCACCUCCUCUAGCUGGCCAAUCCAAGCUGCGCAGCUCGCUGAAGAAGUACAAUGGUGGCGGAGGCGGAGGAGGAAACGGUUCCACAUCCUCGCAGCAGGGCACACCCACUAAUCCCACACCACCGGAUUCGCUGACCAGCGAUGAUAGCUCCUAUUUGAGUGCCAAAGAGGGUUCCAUCGGCUCCCAGCACAGCAGAGUUCGCUUCAGUCCGGAGGCCUAUUUGGAUGCCAACCCGUUGCCCACAUUGGGACGCAGGAUGACGGCUCCGGCGAUGCAGUUGCCGCAGCACCAGCAGCAGCAGCAACAACAGCAGCAGAGACGCCAGCGACAGGCUUCCAGUGGCAGCACGCCAUCGCCAUCGGCCUCCUCCUCCUAGCAGACGCGACUGGCGCUGACCCUGCAGUUGGCGCGCAGUCCGGGAGCGGACAUCGGAAGCGGAGGAGCAGCCGGGCAGGCGCUUCACCAGCAGCGGGUUCCCUAUCGCUGGUACUCGGGAGCCCGGCGAUCUCGAUCGGCCCACUAUGAGUACCGCCUGUGAAAGAGCGGGACAGGCGCAAAGUUGGAAGCGAAAGAGAAGGGGAUGGCCAUAGAAGCUGGCAGGGAUCGCCGGAGCAGGAAGAUCUGCAGAAAAACCAAGUACUUAGGAGGAGCAACAAGUGGAGCUGCGGGAAAACUACAGGAUCAGCUGAUAAAGAAAAAGCAGGCAGUUAAAUCUAAGGGGAAAAUAUCGGAAAAUGGAAGAAUGCCACAGCUAACAACAAAAAUCAGAGGCAGCCAAAAGCUUGAGUAAGAGAAGUAACUCAUUGAUAAAGGAAAAGUAAGAAAAAUCGCAUAGCUUCUGGAAUUUUACCUUCAGAUGAGGAAAAGAAGCAAUUAUAAAGCAUAAAAUAAGUUAGCUUCAUAUAAGCACACAAAAGUCGUAAGCUGAAUAUAAAAGGUCGAAAAACACCAGAGAAAUCAAAUGGUUUUCAGGAAGAAUCAGAACAUAUAUCAAGUACGAGCAGUUGAGUUAAUCCAGAACCUAAAGAAGCGCAAACAGCGGAGGAAAAAACAAAAAAAACAGGAGCAAUACAUUUUGGGCAGGAUCAACAGGAGCGUUUUUACCUAAGAUCUUGCAGAACUUAAAAUCAAAGCAGCCUAUACCCACUGUCUGUAUAUAAAAGUAGUUGACACAGUUGUUCACUCGCAAGUAAUAUAUUAAUUCGAUGUUAAUAUUAACCCACAGAUAGACAAACCGUCGUAUUCCGGGGUGUUCCUGAUGCAUUUGGAGAUUUCAGGAGACCUUUUUCUGUUCCCAACCAAUUACUUUUGCAAAGUAUUGAUGGAAAUCGUAUACCUCGAAGAAUCUUUUUAGAACUUAAACCCUUGGGGAUUCGAAAUCUGCAGAAGUUUUAGGAACACCCCCUGGACAUACACACCCAUAGACACACAACCCCUGACUUGCGCGAUUUGCCUUAAAAGUAGAGUGAAGACUUCACUAGUUUUGCCUGAUGCCGGAUUCCAAAACAAAAAAAAUCACUCAUCGUAACGAAUCCCAAUCCCUCGUAUAAGAUUAUCGAUUUAACUGAUGGACAAAUAGUUUGAUAUAGCAAAUAUACUCCCAUUUAUGUAUUAUAUAUAUAAAGACGAAGUUCUCCACUUGCGUUCUCCGAUUCAGAUUAAGAGCAGCCAGCUAGCAAGCCAUCAACAACAAACAACAAACAACAAUAAUAACUAGUAAUACUUUGUAAUUCCGAGGACACCACAUCCCAAUCAAGACACACGCCAGCCGUAAGCUCCAUUUUUAAGUCUGACAAAAUGUUUAUAUAUUCAUAGAUAUUUAUAAACACCUAGAUAUAGACCGAUAUAGACGCGUUAACCCAAACCACUAGCUCUGAAUUGAAUAACAGUAUAACUCGAUCGAUUUACAACUACUUAUAAUGGAUAUAUAAGAGUAUAUAUAUACAUGCAUAUAUCUAUAUAGAUAUGUAUAAGACACAUAUAACGAAGCAUAUUGCUGCUGUUUUUUCCAAAUAAUGAAUAGCUAUGAUAAUGAUAUAAUGGCGAAGAAUUUGACUACCUUUACAUAUAUGACACGUACAUAGAUACUGCUACUAAAAUGCUUAUUAUGUAACCGAUUAUGUAAUCAAGUUUAUUUUCGAGGUGUUUUGAAAGUCUCUAGAGUUUUUGGGGUAUAUAUCCUAAAUAUGUUUUCAAAUAAUUUGAAGAGGCUUAAGAAUCAAUUCGUAUGUUAUUAAGCUAUUUAAAGAUAUUUAUUUCUUUUAAAAUAUUUAAAAUUUAAUGUAAAAUCAGAUUGAAAAAUGUAGAGUAACAAUUGUUUUAUUGCUUACAUUUUUAAAACUUUUGUAAGGUAUUUCACCUUCAUAACACCUUAGCUAAUACUUUUAAAAUCUCUAGAAAUUUACGGAACACCGCGGAUAAUGUUUAAUCCGAUUGCAGCAUGCACAAAUAGCUUUCUUUGACUUUCGAGGAGCUUAAUUACCAAUUUAGUUACUCGACUUGUUUGCCACGCGAACAAACACAAACUCUAGACCAUAUUUUUUUCGUUUUUGAGUGGGGUGUAACUAGACCACUGCUCAUGCAUAUAUUUACCAAUUAAUUACUAUAAUUUAGACAAAUUGUUGUUUAUGCUCACACAAAGCCGAAGUUAACCAAAAAAGGAAACGACAUCCGAUUGACCAGAAACAAAAACGGAUCAAUAUAGCGUAUAGCCUAUAGCCCAUAGCCAUUCAUCUGCCCAACAGUCGACUUUAACAUUUACCUACUAGCUUAAUUGCAUUUGCCUGCAUUAUUUAUUAAUUAGGAAGGGUUCGAGUUCUAAAGUUUAUUUUGUAUUUGCUUCUUAAUUGCCUUGAAUUAGCAAGUGGAAAAAAAACAUGGGGGGGGUCUUCGAGGGGGUAAAGUUGGGUUGAAGGGAGCGGAGCGGACUCACAAAUAUGCAAUAACAAAAUGCUGCUUGUGACUUAUGUUAUGUACAAAUUAGCAAUUAACAAUUGACGAUUCAUUUAAAUCAUUCAGAGACCAA